AUGACCACGACCUUGACCAUGACCGUAACGCAAGGAGCAAAUGGCACAGAAAUUGGUCAUUCUGUACCCCCAGAGGGUCCCCAUACCAUCACAACACACAUUCCCGGAUGGAAUUCGGUCGACCGUAUGCUCAAAGGCGAUAUUACCAUAUUGCAGAAAAUCAGGAGCAUAUACCCCCGCUUUGGGCCGUUUGGCCUCGUUGCACAGCUGUCCAUGGCCGUCCACAAAAAGCUAGGUCUACCAGAAUCCCAGGCCUGCUUCGUAUGGCAGUGCUCAGACGCCCUGGAAAAGACCAGGCUGCACGCCUGCUCGUCUUUCCGCGACGACAAGGACAGGGUCAAGGACGCGUCCGAAAUCUCCGAGACGGUUGUGCGCGUCAAGCUCGGCUCAGACACGGUCAAGCUCCACGUAGUCACCGGCCCGGCUGCAAACCGCAAAGCCAUGGUGUGCUCGUGGCAGGUGCUCGGCUCAGGGGCGUCGACGAGGCUCGCCGAGGCGCUGCUGCCCGUGGUGGAGACGUCGCUCGAGGUGGUCGGUGCCGGCAGGGGUGGAGAGCUGUCGCCGCCCUCGGGCCUGCCCGAAGACCACUCGCACGCCGCCCUCCGCCAGCGCAUUCUGUACCUACUGCAGCGUUCUCCCAUCGACGCGGCGCGUGCCGCGCAGCUCAGGCCCGCCGACGUCUACCUCUACCCCAGCGGCAUGACGGCGAUUGUGCGCAACCACGAGGCGAUGGUGACGUACCGCCCGGGCAAGGUGCUCUGCCUCGGCGCCGUGUUCAAGCACACUUGGGUACAGUUUACCGAGGGCGGAGGCGACGGGAUGAAGCACUUUGGCGCCUGCCAGGACGACGACUUCAUCUCCCAGGUUGGCGAGUGGCUCGAGGAUGAGUAUCGGGAAGGGAGGCAGGUUAGCUACUGCUUCCUCGAGUUUCCAUCGAAUCCCAUCCUCGUCUCGGCAGAUCUCAAAGGCCUGCGUAUCCUUGCUGACAAGUACGGCUUCCCCCUCGUGGUAGACGACACAAUCGGCUCCUUUGCCAACAUCGACCUCCUCCCGGUAGCCGACGUCAUCGUGACAUCCCUAACCAAAUCCUUCAGCGGCUACGCCGACGUGAUGGGCGGGUCGGUGGUCGUGAACCCAUCCAUGCCGCAGCACCACGACCGAGUAUCCCAAGGCCUGACCUCGCAGCACCGCAACGAGCUCUUCGCCGACGACGCCGCGACGCUCGUGUCCAACAGCGCCGACCACCUGGCGCGCAGCGCCGUGCUGAACCGCAACGCGACGGCGCUGGCCGCGACGCUGGCGCGCGCCACCGACCUCGUCACGGGCGUCAACCACGUCCGGCACGGCGGCACGUAUGCAAACUACGCCGCGUUCAAGCGACCCGCGACGGACGAGUUCGCGCCGGGGGAUACGUGUCUGCUCAGCGUGGACUUUGCCGACCUCGACACGGCCGCCGCCUUCUACGACGGCUGCGGCUUCUUCCACAGCGGCCACCUGGGUGCGCACAGGACCCUGGCCGUGCCGUUUAGUUAUGUGGGCUAUCACAGCGCAGGGGAGGAGGAGGGGAGGUACCACGCCGCGUACGGCUGUAGGGCCGCGCAGGUGCGUCUCAGCGCCGGGCUCGAGGACGAGGCUGAGCUGGUCGCUAUUGUUGAGGAUGCGUUGGCCAAGACGAGGGCUGCUGUGGCGGCUGCAGCGGCGGAAAAGAAGAAUGCGGUGAAGGUGAGCGACGGUGCGGCUUGA